GGAAGAUAAUUCGUUGUAGUUCAAGAUGAAUUUCCAAUAUUUAGAACUCUUCGUUUUCCUUUAAAAUGGUCUUAACAAAAUCGUAUCUGCGUUACGUCGAAGCUGGAAACUUUGGCGUAGUGGGAAGUGCUAGAGCUAAUUUGUGUCUUGUUCAAAGUGGCGAGAAAAGACGUGAAAUUUGCCGCGCGAUUGUUCCCGCACUAGAAAAUGUAUAUAUUUGGGACGCUAGACUUGGCGAAAAAGUGAAUGUCUUACAAGGUAACAAGAGCGAAGUGACAUGUCUCUGCCUCAGUCCUGACUCUGAACAUCUUGCUGUUGGGUAUGGCGAUGGUGUCAUCAGAAUUUGGAAUAUAAAUAAUGGUACAUCCUCAGUGACAUUUAGUGGUCACAAGACAGCAGUUACAGCUCUUAACUAUGAUUAUACUGGUGUCAAAUUGGUGUCUGGAUCAAAGGAUACAGAUGUGAUUGUUUGGGAUAUAAUUAAUGACUCAGGAAUGUUCAGACUUAAAGGUCAUAAAGGAAUGGUGACUUGUUGUCGGUUUCUUCAUUUUCAAAAUGUUCUUAUAACUAGUUCCAAAGACACUUUCGUGAAAUUUUGGGAUCUUGAUUCACAGCAUUGUUUUCUUACCUUGGUUGGUCAUAAAACAGAGGUUUGGGGCUUUGUCGUCGUCAAGAAUGAAACAAGGUUAAUUACUGGUUGUGCUGAUAGUGAAUUGAGAGUUUGGAAAAUUCAGUACAAAGAUGAUAGAACAGAAAGACGCGAAGAAACGAGAAAACGAAAGACAGCAACGCAAUCUAGCGAGGAUGAUGUAGGGGAAAUAGAGGAAUUGCUUUCGUGUACAAUGAUUGGCUCUGUCAUGAGAAGCUCAACUGAUCGCGUAGUGUCGCUGUAUUGCGAUCUUUCACGAACUUAUAUUGGUUGUCAUGGUGCUAAUUCUACGUUAGAAAUGUUUCGUCUUGCAUCAGAAGACGAAUUAAAAAAACGCUUGGCAAAAAGACGAAAAAAGAUUUUAAAGAAGCAAAGAUCACAAGGAUUGGAAGCCGACGAGCUGACGGUUUCUGAAAACGUCUUAGCCACCGUCGAAGACGAGAUUAUAAAAUUACCCGAUGUUAAAGCGACCUCAAAGAUAAGGUCAUUUGACUUUGCAUUGAAUUCAAAUAAUGAUCUAAAGAUUUCAUUAUUACUACACAACAACAGCGUAGAGUUUCAUGUCUUCAGUGAAGAAAAGAAAGAUUCAAUUAAUAUACUUUCCAUAAAGACACCUGGUCAUCGUAGUGAUGUAAGGACUUUGUCAUUCAAUUCCGACGAUUCCUGCAUCCUCUCUGGCGCAGCUGAAAGUGUUAAAUUGUGGAACAGUUGUACCAACAGGAUAAUCAUUCCUUCUUUUAGGGGAAUAAGAUCGACUCAGAAAUGCAUCAGAACAAUGUCUUCUGGUUAUUGUCUAAGUUCGCUUUUUGUACCUGGUGACAGACACGUCAUUGUUGGUACUAAGGCUGGCAAACUCCAAAUAUUUGACGUUUCGUCUGGUUCAUUGCUUGAAACUGUGGACGCACACGAUGGUGCUAUUUGGUCGUUGUGUUUAGCUCCCGAUAAUACGCUAUUUGCCUCAGGAAGUGGUGACAAGGAUGUAAAAUUUUGGGAAUUUGAUUUGAUUACGGAUGAGAACUAUUCAACGACAAGUCAAAGAUUAAGUAUUUGUCAUGCGCGAACAUUAAAGAUGAAUGAUGACGUAAUGUGUGUAAAGUUCAGUCCAAAUCAAAAGUUUAUUGCCGUGGCUUUGCUUGAUUUUACAAUGAAAAUUUUCUUCACUGAUACAUUGAAGUUCUUCCUAUCCCUCUAUGGUCAUAAAUUACCAGUUGUUACCAUGGAUAUAUCAACGGAUAACGUUCUCCUUGUUUCUGGUGGCGUUGACAAGAACAUUAAGAUUUGGGGUUUGGAUUUUGGUCAUUGUCGCAAAUCAAUAUUCGCCCAUGAUGACAGUGUCAUGGCCGUGCAGUUCGUGCCAAAAACUCAUUAUUUCUUCAGUGCAAGUAAAGAUAAAACGAUAAAAUAUUGGGACGCUGACAGAUUUCUUCAUGUUACGACCUUAGAAGGUCAUCAUUCAGAAAUAUGGAGUCUUGCAAUCAGCCAUGACGGCGAGUUUGUUAUCAGUGGGUCACAUGAUAAAUCGUUUAGACUCUGGGAACGAACGGACGAACCGUUGUUUGUCGAGGAGGAGAAAUGGUACUAUACAUAG